AGGGCUUCAGAAGAGGCAGGCUUUAGGUUGGGGACACAGCUGGGCAUGCAGCUUGAGCCAGGGCUGGAGGAACAAGAUCAAGACCUGCUUUAACCGAGGAGCUCCCCAGACAGAGCCCAGAAGAAACAGAAGGGUAUUCAGCAGGGUUCCCCGCCAGUGCUGCUGCUCUCCGCCCGCUGCCUUGGCUUGGCUGUCCCUGGAUGGCACCUGCUGGUGCUGCUCAGUGAUGCUCACCCUUGAUCUCCAAGGCUGGUCUCUGCUGCUGUCUGCUGCUGCGGGCCUCUGCUUUGGUUGAUGCCACUCACUGCCGAUUGCCACAGGCUAACACCACCACUUCCAGCCUCUGCCAGGGUGGGAGGAGAAAGCCAUCACUAGACCUCCAGGACCAAGGCAGAAGGAGUAUUUAAAAGUCUAAAAGACAAAAUAUGGCUCAAGCAAGCAGGCCGAAGUGGUCCACCCGCAGCUCCAAGAUGGGCUCCUCACCUGUGCCAAAGAAGUUACAAGCAAUUCUGCAGAAGGAGAUGGUGCGAGAAUUCUUGGCUGAGUUCAUGAGCACGUAUGUCAUGAUGGUGUUCGGCCUUGGUUCUGUGGCCCACAUGGUUCUAGGAAAUAACUUGUAUGGAAGCUACCUUGGUGUCAACUUGGGUUUUGGCUUUGGUGUCACCAUGGGAGUGCAUGUGGCAGGCAACAUCUCGGGGGCCCACAUGAAUGCAGCUGUGACCUUCGCCAACUGUGCUCUACGCCGCUUGCCCUGGAAGAAGUUCCCUGUGUACGUGCUGGGUCAGUUCCUGGGCUCCUUCAUGGCUGCUGGCACCAUCUACGGCCUCUUCUACAUGGCUAUUCAGCAGUUCUCCGGCGGACAUUUGACAGUGACAGGCCCCACAGCCACUGCUGGCAUUUUCGCCACCUACCUACCUGGCUACAUGACAUUAUGGUGUGGCUUCCUGAAUGAGGUGGUGCUGACAGGGAUGCUCCAGCUGUGUCUCUGUGCCAUCACGGACAAGGAGAACAACGCAGCACUGCCGGGCACCCAGGCCCUGGUGAUUGGCAUCCUUGUCGUCAUCAUCGGGGUGUCCUUGGGCAUGAACACGGGAUAUGCGAUCAACCCGUCUCGGGACCUGCCUCCUCGCUUCUUCACCUUCCUUGCCGGCUGGGGCAAAGAGGUGUUCAGUAACAAGUGGUGGUGGGUGCCAAUUGUGGCACCACUCCUGGGUGCCUACCUAGGUGGCGUCAUCUACGUGGUCUUCAUUAGCACCCCGCGAAAACGCCAGCGACUGGAGAACUCCGAAGACCACAGGAUAACUGUAUUGCCCAAGGCCAACCUGGGCACAAGCUCUUCUCUUGCUCCUCCCUCUGCAACCCCCACCCCACCCUUAGGUGGCUCCAUGCCCCUCGAGCACUUCUAAGAAGUUCACCCCCACCCUCCCCAGUAAGAAAGCCUUGUUUCACAACAGCGCUCCAGGGGCCUUCCUGUGGCUGGACUCCCCCACUAGGUUCUCCCAGGAGCUUCCUGGUUAAGCCUUCGCUCCAGGUGGGAGUACGGGGCUGAGAGACCUCAAUUCCUUCCAUCCCUGAGAGCUGGGGAGGCUGGGUGAGUGACCUGUGGUCUGAGUGCAGGACAAAGGAUGCCAGACACAGAAUGUUGGACUUUGAGGCAGAGGGGAGGGAGGGGACAGUUUGGGGAAAAAUCAGAGCUUGGUGCAGGGGCCAACUCUGGGGAUGCCUCAAAGGUACCCUGGAAUAAGACUUUGCAUGCUCCUGGGUUUACUCUUUCUCUGGCCCUGGCUAGUUCUUGUUAUAUAAGGCAGGGCUGAAGGGUAUAGAGCAGAAUUUCUCAAGCUUUUUUUGUUUUGGUUAGAGCUCUCCUCAGCAGCCUUUUAGAUACAUUUUUUCUUCAUAUUUUAAUACCAUCUGUAUAUCGUACGUUUCUGUGCUUUGUAUAGAAAAAUAAUUGUACAUAAAAAGUUAAGAUGUUUUCA